CUGUUUAACGAAUGUAGUUCCAAAAGUGUCCUGUGACACAUCAAAUACUUUGAAUUCCAUAUGCACAGUUAGCAAUCGAAACAGCCACUCGGUGAGUGCAUUAAGAGGAUCGGGAUAGAGUAGGGUCCUGUUGCAUUCUUCCCCGCUAUAAUUAGGGGGGAGCGCGCAGCGGUGACGCAAGAUGGCUAAAGUGGGAUAUUCUGACUGUGACUGCAAGAAUUAGGAUCAGAGCUGUGGAUACAUGCUUCACGUCAUUUACGUUGCCUGUGAUGACCGUGAGUAUUUUUAACUGCCAUUCUCACCCUGUGUUGUUACCGGGGGUGAAGAGUUUUUAUAAAAAGGGGUGGGUGCAAGUUUAAAAUGCAGCUCUACAGCAGUGUGUUGACACAUUUCCCUGGAUGUGCUUGUAAAGUUUCGAUUCCUAUAGCAGCUGUUCUAGAUAACGUGCCUGUUACUGGUACUUCUGCUACGACUAUUGCUACAAGUACUACUAAGAAGAGUGCCACAGAAAACGGCGAGGAUCCAGUUAAAAACACCGCGUCUGUUGCAAACAUGCCUGCGUUUUCUUGUUAUGAAGCUGUUACUGGCUCAGCGAACAAGCCAGCCUACUUUACCUCUACUGCACAGAUCACGAUUACCACCAGGCCCACUGGAGUGGAAACGUUCGUGCCUGUACAGAUUAUAAAGGACUCGAGAAGUAGCACUGAACCCACGUCGAGAAAUUAUUUCCGAAGCCUCCCGAGCUCCCCUGUCCUGGAAAGGGAGAACUAUACACCAGAGACCGGGUGGCUGGAUGAUGUUAUUGAGAACAUGAAGAACAAAGUGGACGUGUUUGAGCAAUAUCACAUGAUCAACAUAGACAGGAUGCCAUAUUAUGUCAAAGUUUGCGAACCAAAGGAUACUGGUUUGGAAAAAGAAUCCGGCUUUAAGCCUAACAGUACUAACGAAGCGCAAAAUGAUGCAGAGGGAGAGCCCAUACUUUUAAACGAUAGAGGACGCAAAGUUUUGGAACCAGCACAAAGUAGACACCAAAGUUAUCAGGAUAGUUAUGAUGACAACAAGGAUAUUGACUCCGAAGCGCCUGAAGUUAAUAUCGCACAUUUAGCCAAGCCUGGUCCUGUCGCUGAAAAUAAAACUGACAAAAAUGAGAAAAUCGUACAUUAUUUUGCUGAAGUGGAAAAGCAAAACAAAUACCUCCACGAAAGGCAGAAGUACAGGUUUCACAUCAUCCCAGAUGGUAACUGCUUGUACAGGGCUGUCAGUAAAGCAGUGUAUGGGGAGCAGUCCAUGCACAAAGAUUUGAGGGAGCAAACUCUCCACCACAUAGCGGAUCACCUGGAUGAGUUUAACCCAAUUAUUGAAGGCGAUGUCGGGGAAUUUUUGAUUAACGCUGCCCAGGAUGGAGCGUGGGCCGGCUAUCCAGAGCUGUUAGCAAUGAGCCAGAUGUUGAACAUUAACAUCCACCUCACUACCGGAGGCAGCUUGGAAAGCCCCACAGUAUCCACUAUGGUGCAUUACCUGGGCGAUGAGGAGCCUUCCAAGCAGAGCAUUUGGUUAAGCUGGAUCAGCAGUGGGCACUAUGAUACGGUGUCCGAUCGACCCUUGCCCAAUCCUGAAUAUGAGAACUGGUGCAGACAGACCCAGGUGCAAAGGAAAAGGGACGAAGAACUGGCAAAAUCCAUGGCUGCUUCUCUUUCCAAAAUGUACAUCGAACAGAACGGCAGUUCCUGAGGAAAAGAAAAAAAAAUGAUAUUAAUCAGAAUAUGUACAAUUGUAACCCUAUAGCAAUUUAUUUUAGUGUAUCUGUUUAUAUAAAUAUUGCCUUAUUAUUUUUUCUAAACUGAAUGUUUUCUAAAGCAAAGCUACAGAAGGUUGCGGUGCCACCUGCAGUAUAUUAUUAUUGAAACUUUCUUUCCUUCCAUUUUUUUUAAAUGCUUUUUAAAUAUAUACAGAAUACUCAACUUGACUAUUGCAUAAUAUUGCAGUUUAUUUAGUUGCCUUUUUCGGUUUGCUGGGUCGAACAUUUACAAUUCAAUAAUAGUUUGAAUGUGGAGCUUGUUUUGUAUCAUGGAAUACUAUUGUUAAAAUAGUGUGUCUAUUCUAUUGGAAAUCAUCAUUUUCCAAGUGGUUUGCUGGGUCGAACAUGUAAACCUUUCAGACUGAAAGUACUGUGUGUAUGUGAUUUUAAUAUCACUUGGAUGGAAUGAAUACAUUGGAUUGAUAAUUUCAGUGAACUGUGUUUUUUUUAAUUUAUACAAUUUUCAUAUUUUUUAGUUUUGUCUAAAAAAACGAAAGAAAAAUGUAUUAUUGGGGCAGCAGUGUGGAGUAGUGGUUAGGGCUCUGGACUCUUGACCAGAGGGUCGUGGGUUCAAUCCCUGGUAGGGGACACUGCUGCUGUCCCCUUGAGCCAGGUACUUUACCUAGAUUGCUCCAGUAAAAAACAGUAAAAACCCAACUGUAUAAAUGGGUAAUUGUAUGUAAAAAUAAUAUGAUAUCUUGUAAGUCACUCUGGAUAAGGGCAUCUGCUAAGAAAUAAAUAAUUAAUAUUAAUAAUAAUAAUAAUAAUAAUAAUAAUAAUAAUAAUAAUAAUAGUAGUAGUAGUAGUAUUCAUAAGUCAGCUCAUUGGCACAUUUAAAGGCAGAAAGAUGUGUUAACUUGGGUUAGGAGUUAGUGAAUUGUGUCAAAUAUAGUUUUGGUGAGACUUUGGGAGCUAUUUUGAAAACUUGGACAAAGGAUUUUGAGUAAGUCUUUUAGUAUUGAGUCUGAAUCUUCUUUGCUUUUGCAUUUUAACUCAUGUUUGCACUUUGUUUUGUUCAGUUGAACAUGAUUGUUUUAGUUUUCAUGCUUCCAUGCUUCAAGUUUGCUUUUUUAAUUCCAAAGCUAAUAUAGAUUUACUCAACAUAAUUUACCAAGUUUUGAAAAUAACUGAAAAUUACAGCCUUUUUAUGGCUAUACAGUACAAAGUACACGAUGAUUCACCCACUGGUGGUUUUCAGAAUUCCUGGCUAACCUCCUGCAUUUUGUGACUAAUGUAGUCGCAAUGAUAAACUGCAUUUAUACUGUUUCUUGUUUCAGGCAAUUGGCACGGCCAAAAAACACAUCAUGGGAAAUAUAUGCCUUACUUUGUUAUUUAUCUAUCCUAAAAAAAAAAAAGUUACAAAAAAAAACAGAGGCAGAGGUUUGUGUUUGUAAUAGUGUCCUCCAUUAACAUGAGAAAAAAGGAAAUGGCACGUCUGUAGGGGGAAAAAAUAAAUACAUUUAUAUUUUCUAAAUAUACAUUUUGUGGUGUGAACCAAGAUUAUCAUUUUUUAGACAUUCUCAAAUGUCUUUUUUUAUUCUGGUACAUAAAAAAAAUAAAUGAACACAUAAUAGGUCUGUAUAGCUUUUUCUUUAAAAUGAAUAGCCUUUGUUAUUCAUAAACUAGGCAUACAUUAAGGGAAAGAAAAUAUUCCAGCCUGUUUUUUCCAAAUAAAGAGUGCCAUGGGUUCCUGUACUUGUAGUACCUGUAGCUCUUCUUUGCUGUUCUCUAAAGUUAAUCCGAAUGAUCUGCCUUUGGAAAACGCCUAAAUGAAAAGGCAGUUGGGAUCAUACAGCUUUAAGCUUCUGUGUAUUACAUGAGAGGUACUCAUCAGCAUGACACUCAGUGUCUGACUUUUGGUAUGCCCCCCCUCAGCAUAAGGCUUUGCUUCUGCUGUCUGGAUCCAGGGAUAGACAAUGUCAGGCUCAUUAAUUUAAAUGUUAUCUCAGUUCUGAGGUAAAAUAAUCCACGCCUAUUGUUUUUCCCCCCAUGUUGAGUAUAUGCAGAAUGCACUUCAAAGCUUGUUUGAAAAGGGAGAUGAGUUACCCAUUUGUGGACUGGACAACGUGUACUGUUCAGUUGGUUGACAAAUUCCAAGGCAGCGUACAGCCAGAGGGACGCGGUUCUACACAAGUAUUGUAUAAGAAAGAAGACCAGCUAGUUUUGUUCUGCAGUAUGUUUUUUAUAUUAAACAUUACCUUACAAAACAAAUCUUUCAUUUAUCAUAUAUAAAGGAUUUACUUUUGCUACAGGUAGAAUACUGUAUAGAGGACUGCUCGUUUAUGUCGCUGCAGUGAAUUGCUUAAGGGCCCAUAUACAGACAUGUACAAUUUAAUGUUAGCAUGGACUAACCUAAUUGUGAAAGAACAGAAUUCAUGAAUUAUCGAAUUGUAGAAUACCAACUGAGCACUGUGUAUGUUAAAAUGCAGCCUGUGCUGUAAAAAAACAUAGAUUAUAAUCUUAAGAAUGGGUUUAAUUUAGGACAAAACCGCUUGUGUUUAAGGGCUUUGUGUUUGCAUUAAAUAAAGCACAGACAAUUUUCAUAAACUGUU